ACUAUUAAUAAAAGUGGUUGUAAUAGUCUAAAAUCAAUAAUAAUAGUCCUCAUUUUUUAUUUGUAUAAUAUAUAGAUUUUUACACACAUGCACCAUAAAAUAGUUUUACAUAAUGAUAAAUUUUAAAUAUAAGCAUGUUUAUAUAAUUUUUAUAUUUUUGAUUCUUUGUAAUUUAAUAAUAUCGUUGUCUCAAGAAAUUGAAACAACAUCAAAUGAUAAUAAUAAUAAUAAAAAUGAUAAUAAUAAUAAUAAAAAUGAAAAUAUAGUUAAUAAAAAUAAUAAUAAUAAAAUUGAUAGAUCGAUAUCAUUAGAGGAAAAAGAAAAUUUUGAUCAUUUAAAAACUAAUGAUCUCAAAAAACAACCAACAUUACAGGAUUUAAUCCAAGAACCAUUAGAUUUUAACAAAAACCAGGGUGAAAAUAACGAUAAUAAUAAUAAUAAUAAUAAUAAUAAUAAUAAUAAUAAUAAUAAUAAUAAUAAUAAUAAUAAUAAUAAUAAUAAUAAUAAUAAUAAUAAUAAUAAUAAUAAUAAUGAAAUAGAUACCCACAUUGAAGAUAGUGAUGAAGAUAAUCAGGUUGUUGAACUUAAAAUUGAUACAGAAAUAUUAUGUAAUGCAGAUUUAUCAGAAGAAGAGCAUAAAGAAGUUAUAAAUAAGGUUUUGAAAGGUUAUUUUGAUAGUUAUUCACCAAAUUCAAUCGAGUACAGUAUUGUUCAAACUCAAUUUUCAGACUAUAUAAAGAAUAAUGUUUGCAAAGGUUAUAAGAGUGGUGACAAAUCAAAUAGUAUUGGUGGCGAUAAUGAUACUGAGGAAGAAAAGUCAAAAGAAACAGUUAAUGAAAGUACUGAAAAGGAUGAAAAAGCAAAACAAACACCAGUUAAUACAACACCAUCAGGUUUAUCAACUAAUCCCUCCGUAACAACUUUAUCAACACCAACUGCAGAUAUUAAAGAGGAUUCAAGGCAAACAAAAGACCCACAAACAGGUAAUACAGUUACAGCAUUGGAAACAGUAGUCGCAACAACUACCCCCAACAUACCUGCACCAAAGAAACCUUUUGAAUGGCCUCCAGAGUCAAGUUAUGAAUUAGAUUAUAGUAAGAUAUUGGAUUUAACAGAGCAAAAUUUCGAUCGUGUUAUUAAAGAGAAUCAGUUUGUUUAUGUAUUAUUUUAUGCACCAUGGUGCAGCAGAUCACAGGCGUUAAUGAGCGAGUUUGAAGAAGCACAUAGAUUGGUUCAAUCAUUGGGAUUAAAGGUAUUGUUUGCAAAAGCUAAUUGUCAUAAAUAUCCAGUUAUUAGAGAUAAACAGUCAAUUGGUGGUUAUCCAGUUAUGGAGUUGUUUAGAAGAAAUGGAGGUAAUAUUAUACCAAGAGGUUCAAGUUCCCAACCGGCUACAAUGGUUUCUUUCCUACGUAGACACACAAUUCCAGCUAGUGUUUAUUUGGAUAGUUUCCAAAAGUAUGAUAAGUUUAGUAGAGCUGUUCCAUAUGGUUUGGUUGGUCUCUUCCCAAAUUCAACCCAUGAGGGCGCUGUCGUUUUUCAAAAGCUUUCUAAAAAAUUAUCAUACAAAUUCCCAGUUGCGUUUGUAAACGAUACUCUAGUAAUUCAAGAGUUAGUCAAACAUUUUGGUAUCUCGGAGCCAUUUUCAGAGGGUAUAGUUUUAAUUAAACCAAUUCAAAAGUCCUAUCUUCACUUUAAUGUCGAAUAUAAAAUAAGUACCAUUCUAAGAUGGUUAUCAGCGCACUAUUUACCAAUUAUUAACGAGUUAACACCAGAUUCAGUACACAGAGUACUAUCAAAUAAAAUCAAACAAUCAUUUUUAUUAUUUUUAAAUUUAAAUAAUUCAACAGCAACAUUAGCAUUAAACGAUAGACCAUUCUCAAAAGAAUUGGACACCCUACUACAAGUUGCAGGAGAUUUUAAUGAAUAUAUAAACUUUUACUAUGUCGACGGUAUUAGUUUUAGGGAUUUUGGUGAUCGUUUAGGUGUUACUCAUUUACCAGCAAUGGUUAUAAUCGAUUUUCAAGAGGAAGAAUUUUUUAUUUCAAAAAAUAAAAACGAAGAUCCAUUCACAACAAAUAUAAUUUCGACAUUCAUAAACGAUUUCCUAGAUAAAAAAUUAUCACCAUUUAAAUAUUCAGAAAAAUUAUCAAAUGAUAUAACAACUACAGAAACACCUACAACAAUAUCAACGGAUAGUAUUAAUAAGAUUGUAUUUAAUAAUUUUGAAAGUGUAGUUUUAGAGUCGAAUAAGAAUUCAUUGGUUUAUUUUAAUGCCCCAUGGUGUGGAUUUUGUAAAACUAUGGAGAUCUAUUACAAGGAAGCAGCGGCUAUAUUAUCAAAAAAGCAUGGUGUGGAUUUACAAAUCCUUUCUUACGAUGUAGAAAAAAACAGUGUUCCAACUUUAAUGAAAUCACAUAUUCAAUCAUAUCCAUAUAUUUCAUUGUUUUUACAAAAUGAAACAUUAAACCCAAUAGCAUAUAAUUUAACAAGAAAUUUGGAUUCAAUUAUUGAUUUUGUAGAUUUCAAUUUAAAUAAACAAAAACAACCACAGGAACAAAAAGAUAAAGAAGAUGAAAAAAAUUCAGAAAAAGAACAAAAAUUAAAAGAUAAAGAUAUCACAUAUGAAUUUCAACUUCACUCAUUGGAAGAUGCAGAAAAAGAAACCAUUUAAAUAAAUAAAAUAAAUUUUAUAAAAAUAU